AUGGCGUCACUCAGGCCAACUUACUUGCCGAACGACGCCCCCUGGUGGAAGUACAAUGUCAAAGUCCUUAGGCAACAAUGUACGGCACGCAACCUACCAGUCGAAGGAAAAACAAAGAAGCAGCUUCGAGAGUGUCUAUUCAUAUACUACCACUCCAUACUCCCGGAAGAACCAAGGCCGGAGCGUUGGAUGUUCAGGCCCUCUGAGCCCAGCUAUUCGAUCCUCUUGAAUCGAGCUCAAGUUGAGAAUCUUCGGCUUGUAAAGAUCAGAAAUGUGACCGUCCAGGUUGAGGAUAGUCGCGUCAGGGGAAAGGCAUUCCUGAUCGCACAAGAAGGAGCCCCUGAGCUUUUCACAGUUACUUUCUGCAAUCGCCCUACUUGCACCUGCAACGAGUACUUGACCUUCUACGGGAUGCACAUAUCCUGCCUUUUUGUUGUCACCGGCAAUAGACAGACACCUGGGAGACAUAUAUGCACAGUCUGCCUGGACCGCCAUGAAUGGCAAAAUCUUCACUCGCGCCAGGAGCGUGUUGAAAGGAGGGUGAUCGAGCCAGGACGUGCUGUUGCUGGCGUAGACUUGAACCCCGAUGUUUCAAGCUCUUCAAGUGACGCUUCUGAGGAGGGCGAUGAAAGCUCCAGCAAAGAAGACUCUUCGGAUGAGGAUGCUGACGAGGGAGCGUCCCGCAGAAGCGAGCAGCCCAAUAAUGCACUUCGCCAGCCCAUCAAUCAGCGCCGCUCUCCCUCACCCCCCAUUCUGAUCAAACAAGAGAGAUCCUCCUCUCCCCAUGGCCUAUCACUCCCCUCUUCACCCCCGCGCCGUCAGCAAAAACAACCCGCCAGCUCGCCGCUGCGUCGCAAACAACCAUCCAGAGCUGCCAAAGACAUUGGCCUAGUCCGACAGAGUAUCGCCGCGACCGCCGAAGCUCCGGUUCGCGCACCUCGUCGCAGUCAUGGACGUACGCCCGCUCCUGCGCCCGAAAGCAGCCAACCGGUCAAUGUCCCAGUUCAGAGCAUCACUCCCGUUCCAGUACCGGUCAUCCCGGCACGGGCUUUGGUGCAGAUUCAACAACUGCAGCAGCCACAGAUUCGGCAGGCUGUCCACAACUUGGAAGCUGGAAAACCUCGACCCCAAGCCAGCAGUGCCCCCCGUGCUUUAUCGUCUGCACUCAGUCGCCCUCAAGACCCUGCAACUCGUGCGCGUGACUCCGCUGCUCCUGUCCAGGAACAUAUCGCUCCAGCUACAAGCGCAGCUCCCCAGGCUGUCGAGGCGUCUGUCCCCCCAGCCCUUGUUCCUGCUCCUAUUCCUGAUGCCCCUUCUGGCUCUCCUGCUCCCAGCCCGGCUACUGCCAGUGCCAGCGUUAGCGGCAAUAUUGAGAAGAGAAAAGCAACGAAGUUGGCACGCAAGCUCAAAAGUCUGGCUAGGGAGUCAGCGUAUGUCCGUGAGCAUGCGGACCGCAAGUUGAAGAGGCUCGCGAAAAAGAGUAAGCGCCUGGAGAAAAAGGCCAAGGCUCUGGCGAAGCGAAACAAGGCAGGCAGUGACGAGUGA